CCUGCAUGCGUCAUAGCUUUGGUUGUGCUAUUCAUCAAAUGUGCACCAUAUGCUACACGCCACUGACUGGACUGCCAAACCAUGUAUGGAUUUUCUUGAGUCAAGUUUAUUCAUGCCACCUCCUCCGAGGUUUUUUGGGCCAGGUGCCGUAUGCGAGACCCCACACCCUCCCAGCGCGUCUUUAAUCCACAGCCCCCUGCGCUCCGUCCCUCCUCCCACAGAACAAACGCUAUAUUCAUCUGCCUGAGCUCGCAGUUGCUGAAACUCCCCGCAGGAACUCCCGGGUACUUUGCUGCUGAGCACAAUGCCAUUCAUGCCACGAAGCGAAAGCAGGAGAAACGCCUGCUCCGUUUAUCCAACAAUGUGGAGAACAUGCAGUAUUUUUUGCGCAUGGACUCUACUCUUCUUGACAGAAGUCUGUGCGCAGUCUCAGGGGAGACCUACCUUCACAUGUGGCGGAAACAUCACAGGGGACUCUGGAGUAAUCGGGAGCCAGGGAUACCCAGGAGUUUACCCUCCAAACACCAAAUGUGUGUGGAGAAUCACAGUCCCAGAGGGCAGGGUGGUGGUGUUGUCAUUCCGCUUUAUUGAUCUGGAGAGCGACAACCUGUGUCGCUAUGACUAUGUGGAUGUUUACAGUGGCCAUGUCAAUGGGCAAAGACUUGGUCGCUUCUGUGGGACGUUCAAGCCGGGGGCCCUUGUUUCCACGGGCAACAAGAUGCUUCUGCAGAUGGUAUCUGAUGCCAACACCGCUGGGAGUGGCUUCCUCGCCGUCUUCUCUGCCGCCCACCCACAUGAAAGAGGGGAGCAGUACUGUGGAGGCAGACUGGACAAACCCUCUGGAACUUUCAAAACACCCAACUGGCCUGAGAAGGACUACCCAGCUGGGGUCACCUGCUCCUGGCAUAUAGUGGCACCUAAGAACCAGAUCAUUGAGGUGAAGUUUGAGAAGUUUGAUGUGGAACGAGAUAACUACUGCCGCUACGACCACGUGUCCAUUUUCAAUGGGCCGGAAAUAAACGACGCAAAGAGGAUCGGAAAAUACUGCGGAGACAGCCCCCCAGCCCCGGUGUUCUCAGAGGGGAAUCAGCUGCUAAUCCAGUUCCUGUCAGAUCUCAGUCUGACCGCAGAUGGCUUCAUCGGACACUACAAGUUCAGACCAAAGAAAUUCCCCACCACCACAAUGCCACCCACGACUACCACGCAGCCAGCCACCACCAGGCCAAUACCUCUGAAGUACUCCGUUGCCCUGUGCCAGCAGAAAUGUAAAAGACGAGGAACGCUCGAGAGUAAUUACUGCUCCAGCAAUUUUGUGAUAACUGGAACCGUCAUUACCGCGGCGAUGAGAGGAGGAAGUAUGUACGCCACCGUCUCCAUCAUCAACGUGUACAAGGAAGGGAGUCUGGCGAUCCAGCAGGCAGGAAAGACGAUGAGCACCAAGAUCAUUAUCCUGUGCAAGAAGUGCCCAUUUGUCAGAAGAGGUUUUUUGUGUGUGACCUCGCCAGGCUUGAACUACAUCUUCAUGGGCCAGGUGGACGAGGACGGCCGGGGGAAGAUCGCCCCGCACCACUUCGUCAUGGCGUUCAAGACAAAGAACCAGAAGGGACUGAACGUUCUGAAAAACAAGCAGUGCUGAGUUCAAGUCGCCCAGUAGCUCUGAGGAUCCCUCCGCCCGAGGCUUCGCCGUGGAUGGAAACAAUUAGAAAAAAAAAACCCUAAACAAUCUCUUUCUGAACAACAAACACACAGGCCACAAAAACAGUCUGAACGGAGAGCUGCCAGGACAAAAUAUAGAACCUAAAUGAUUCGCUCAGUCAUGGGAACUGAUUUGUGUAUGCAUUAAUUUUGCUGGAUUAGUUCGGAAAUUUCAAUCUGCCUCCAAUUAAAAAGAGCAGCUUCUUUGAGAAAACCUCAGAUAAAUCGGCAACAAAACUAAUUGAAAUUUCAGCCUCUGUUCACAGAUCUUUCUCCUAACAGGGAAUCUGAGCACCUGAAUGGCUCAGCAGUUCAUAAGAUAACACAUUUCAUAAGAUAAACAUUAUUACAAUUGUUUCACAGUAGCUAUUUUACUCUCUGUCGUUAAUUUUUAUUUUUAAUUUUUUUCCUUUGAGGCUAUAGAGUUUAGAUGUAAAUUUUACAAGCCUGAUUAAUAUCCGUAGGGGAUUCGUUGCAGCUGUUUGUUGUAGCUUUAAUGGUGGUGUAACAACCCGGCAUUCAUUUCCUGUGUUCAGUUUUAAUGGGCAGGGUUGGAAGCUUAAAAAUGUGGUGAUUUAAGUGCAAUAUUUAAUAUAUAGAAACAUAAUUAUUUCUGCUGGUUUUAUGUGAAACAAAUGAGAACCUUAUUUGCUGAAGCUUCGUUUAUUUUAAUUUUUUUCUAGUUUAUGGAUGCAAAGCACCACCAUCAGUAUGUCACUUACUUAUUUGUCGUUGUUUUUAAAAGCAAAGGUAUGAAAUGCAAACUAUUUUCAUAUGAAAAAGUCUAUGAAUAUUAUUUAUAUUUUAUUGUUUUCAUCUGCCCAAAUAAAACUCCUCUUCAACGUUUCCCUUCGUGCUCGUCUCUUUGUACAAGGACUCAGGGUCUGUUUAGAGCAGUUAGUGCAACUGUGCUCUGUUGAGCGUGAGGCCAGAUCAGGUGUGUGUAAUGUGACUCUCACGUGGACCAGAUCAUUGGGGAGUCGGCCGAACGGCUGACUGUUCCCUUUCGAUGGAGCAACUUCUCAAAAGACGAAAUCUCGAGGCUGAAAACGAUCCGUACCAAUAAAUCUCCAGCAAAUCUCCAUAAAUCUUUAUUUCUCUCCGGUGAAAACAAUGGCUUUUUCUUUAUUUAUAAAAGAGGUUAAAUAGCUGAGUAAUAGAUGAGGGGGCCUGAGUCAGGAGGCUUUGGUGGAGAAUAUAUCAUUUUCUAGUUAAAUUCCUUGUCUAAAAUUUGUCUAAAAGUUUUUCCUCUUUUUUUUUUUUUUUUUUUUUUUUUUU